AUGAAGUUGUUGGGAAUGGACGCCCUUAGCGUGACCGCCAGUAUGAUUGGCGUUGCUACUCUUGCAUUGCAAAGCUGCAAGGUAGCAUACAAUUUCGUCGAUGGACUGGCGGAGGCACUCCAGGCUAUUUCCAGGUCAAAAACGUUCCCCAGUGAGACACAGAAGACUGUAGACGCUCGCCGGCGAGCGCUAGUAACGAACUCGAACCCUCCGAGUUCGCUCAAUUCGAUUUUUGGCACGAUGGACCUCGCCGGAACGCUCAAAUCAGUGCAACACCUCUGCGAUGAAUUUGCAACCACCAUCACCAGCUUCACAAGUCAUUCGACAGGUGGCAAAUUCAGCAAGCGGGAUAGGGUUACGAUCAAUAUUCACGAAUCGAAGAUCAAAAGGCCUUAUACCGACUUGGGAUGUUGUCAGCGAACUCUAUCAAUGGUCUUGGUGUCCAUCAACCUGACUGUUGCUACACAAACCUCUGACGACAUUCAGCGUCUAGGUGACCGUUUUCAGACCCAGGAACAGGCACUGGCUGAUCUAGACACACAACUGUAUGACUGUCAAAAAACCCCUUCGUCAGAAGACCUCUCGGCCUCCGAUCGGAAUGAGAGUCUACAGUUAAUUGCCGGACUUCGAAAACUAUGCCAGGAUGUUCUCUCAGCCACUAGAGCCAAACGUACAGUGCAAAGAUUUGGUGAUAUGAGAACUGACGAUCAGUCUUUUGCCAUGCAGGGAAUUGUUGGCGAGGCACUUGAGGGCCUAGAGCAAAGGUUCGGGAAAAUGGCAACUCAAAGAAUAUCAGGGCAUUUUAAGGCCAACUAG